AUGGAAAAAGCCGCCGUCGACACCGUCAACCUCUCCUCCACCACUCCACCACCGGCAACAUCCCCAAUCACCACCACCACCACCACCACCACCACCAAACCGCCCUACAUCACCACCCCACCCCCCUCCGCCACAACCACUGCCACCACCCACCCCCACCCCCGACAUCCUCCCCCCAACACCCCCAACCCACCCUCCCCCUACAGCACCCUCCCCCCCCGCCACCGCCUCACCCUCCACCUCCUCCUCGGCCUCGCCACCGCCGCCUCCCCGCUGACCGCCACCACGUACCUCCCGCUCCUGCCCCUCCUCCAGCACGCCUUCCACACCACCCCGCAGGCCAUCAACCUCACGCUGACCGUCUACAUCGUCUGCCAAGCGGUGUCGCCCGCGGUCUUCGGACCCCUCUCGGACGGCGUGGGACGGCGGGUGGUGUAUCUGGGGACGGUGGGGGUGUAUGUGGGUGCGAAUGUCGGACUGGCGGUGUUGGGGUGGGGGGUGGAAGAAGGGGGUGGUGGUUGGGGUGCGGGUGCGGGAGCGUACGCGGCGCUGGUGGUGCUGCGGGGGGUGCAGAGUCUCGGGGCGAGCGCGGCGUUUGCGGUGAGUUAUGGGGUCGUGGCGGAUGUGUGUGGGGCGGGGGAGAGGGGGAGGGUGGUGGGACCGCUGGGGAUGGCGCUGAAUCUGGGAGCGUGCGUGGGGCCGGUGGUGGGCGGGUGGGUGGCGUACGGGAGUGGGGGGUUUGCGUGGGUGUUUUGGACGCUGGUCGGGUGGGGGGUGGGCGUGUGGGCGGCGAUUGGGUUGUGGUUGCCUGAGACGUUGGGGGCUAGGGAGAGGGAGGGGGUGGAUGGGUGGUGGGAAGGGGGUUGGUGGAGUGUGGGGAGGCGGUGGGUGAGGAGGUGGUGGUGCGGUGAUGGGGAGGAGCAGGGAGGAGGAGGGGGAGGAGGAGGAAGGGAUCGCAGGCCGGACGAGACGACGUCGUUCCUGAAGCGGUGCCGCGUGGCCAAUCCGCUGGCGUGUCUGCGCAUCAUUUUCCACCGAGACACCUUUCUGGCGCUUUGGAUGCAUGGAUCCUUCUAUACGGUUGACUACACGCUUGUCGCCGCCGUGCCUGCCAUAUUCAAGGACGUAUAUUCGUUCAAUGAGCUGCAGACGGGACUGGCGUACUUGCCCCGUGGCACCGGAAUCAUCAUCGGCAGCUACUGCAACGGCAGGCUCAUGGAUCUCAACUUCAGAGUCACGGCGCACAAGACGGGUUGGACGCCGGAUCCGACGUCAAGGUACAGCAUAGACGAUUUCCCCAUCGAGAAAGCAAGAUCUCGAGGAAGCCUUGGGUUGCUCCUUGUUUCCACCGCCACCUUGGUAGGCUACGGAUGGGCUGUCAGCAGCCACGUUCACGUUUCGGUGCCGCUCAUUCUGCAAUUCAUACAGGGGUUCUGGGGUACGUGCUUCUACACCACUUACAACACGCUUUUGGUCGAUCUGUAUCCAAAGAGCCCAAGCACAGCAGCAGCAACCGCAAGCAUGGUUCGUUGCGCCAUGGCAGCCACCGGUGUUGCUGUUCUACAGCCUCUGCUCGACGCUGCUGGCUUGGGCUGGUACUUUACUUGCUUGGGCAUUUGGAGCGGAGCAUGCGGUGCCGCUGCUGUCCUUCUGAUUCGAAAGAAAGGAAUGGUCUGGAGAACGCAGAGGCUUGCUCGGGUUCACCAUCUGGCAGCAUAG